UUUUCCCAAAUUCUGUUUCUCAUGUGCGGAUCUUUGUCCCAACAGGCUGUGGUCUGUGCUGAGACAGAGUCUGGUGGAAGGUUCAGCCCGUGGAGACGGCGUUCUCACCGGCGCGCUGGAUGCUCGCGUUAUCCAAAGGGCUCGGCGGGGAUGAGAACCACGUCUGGCCCACGAGACGCCAGCCCUGAGAGUUUCUCAAUGGUUCCUCCCGGACUGACGGCUGCCUGGCACCCAAGGGCAGGCUGACGGCUUGCGGUCCCCGGCCUGUCCUCCCCCCACACACGUGGCUGGUCAUCUUGGCAGCCUGGGCGAGAGGGCAGUUCUGGCGGUGCUGCGGGUGUCCGGAGGGGCAGCUGUGCUAUGAGUUGGUGUCUAUGGAUGGUCUCCCUUGCCCUGGUCUGCAGCAGCUUCACUGAGGCAGGUAACGGUGAGGCAGAGCCCCGCGCUGUGAUCGGCCGGACAGGCGAGAGCACCAUUUUGGGCUGUGACCUGCUCAAGCCAGCCGAGGCGAGCCCCCCACUGUACGUCAUCGAGUGGGUGCGCUUCGGCUUCCCGCUCCCCAUCUUCAUCAAAUUCGGCCUCUAUUCUCCGCGUGUCGAUCCGGAGUACGUAGGUCGCGUGCGGAUCCAGGAAGGGGCUUCGCUCCGCAUCGAGCAGCUGCGCACAGAGGACCAGGGCUGGUACGAGUGCCGAGUUCUCUUCCUCAACCGUCCGAGCAGUGAUGAUGAGUUCAAGAACGGCACCUGGAUCCAUCUCACUGUCAAUUCUCCCCCCGCCUUCCAGGAGACGCCGCCAGCGUUUGUAGAGGUGCAAAACCAAAAGCCCGUUGCUCUCACCUGUUUGGCAGCUGGCAACCCCCAACCCAUGGUCACCUGGAAGAGGGACAACCAAGCCAUCAAAAGCGGAGACAAAGUGCAGGUGAAGAACGGGACACUUUUCUUUGCCAGUGUCGAUCGGGCCAGUGCCGGGGCAUACACAUGCCAGGCUACCAGUGAGGAAGGAAGUAUCACCCACACGACCCGCCUGUUGGUCCAAGGACCACCGGUCAUCGUGGUGCCUCCUCAGAACAUCACGGUCAACGUCACCCAAGAUGCCUUCUUGGCCUGCCAAGCUGAAGCCUACCCCGCCAACCUUACCUACAGCUGGUUCCAAGGGAGCACCAAUGUUUUCCAUGUCAGCCACCUGCAGUCCCGAAUUCGUGUCUUGGUAGAUGGAAGCCUUUUGGUCCAGAAAACGACCCCGGAAGAUUCGGGACGGUAUACCUGUGUUCCCAGCAACGGGCUGCGGAGAUCCCCCUCUGCCUCGGCCUUCCUCACUGUUCUGUAUCCGGCGCGAGCGGGCGACAUGCCUCCGGAGACCCUCCUGCCGAUAGGAAUGCGAGGCACCAUCAGGUGCCCCGCCAAAGCCAGCCCUCCACUGCUGUUCAUCAACUGGACCAAAGAUGGGCAGCCGUUAGAGUUAGACAAGUUCCCUGGUUGGUCCAUGAGCCCGGACGGCACCCUUGUCAUUGCCACGAGCAACGACGAUGCCCUUGGUGUGUACGCUUGCAUCCCGUACAACAGCUACGGUACUGCUGGCUCUUCGGCCCCCACUCAAGUCCUCUUGAAGGACCCACCUGUGUUCACCCUGCGACCGAAGGAGGAGUACUUCCAAGAGGUGGGGCGAGAGCUGCUCAUUCCGUGCGCUGCCCGAGGUGACCCCACGCCUGUCCUCUCAUGGACCAAGCUGGGCAGCAAGACCCUGGCAAAUGCCCAGGCAGACAGCAACGGCAGCCUGGUCUUGCGCCCGCUGACCAAGGAGCAGCACGGCUUGUGGGAAUGCGUCGCCAACAACGGCGUGGCCCAGGUCAGCGCCGUGACCACCGUCUACGUGCUGGGCACCAGCCCCCACACCGUGGCCAACGUCUCUGUGCUGCCCCUGCAGCAGGCAGUCAACAUCACCUGGGAGCCAGGCUUUGACGGCGGCUAUUUCCAGCGGUUCAGCAUCUGGUACACGCCGCUGCUGAAGCGCUUCAACCGCCCUCACCACGACUGGGUGUCUCUGCCAGUGCCCGCCGGUGCCUCCCACAUCCUGGUGGAGAACCUGCAGCCAGACACGGGUUACCAGUUCAGCGUUCUGGCCCAGAACAAGCUGGGCAGCGGUCCCUUCAGUGAGAUUGUCACCACCGUGCCACUGGGUUUCCCAACAAGCACCGUGCCAUCAGAUCCCCCGACUACCCAAUUCCAGAUCUUCCUUUCCCCACCUCAGUCCCUGACGGCCAACGAGACCACGCGAGGGGUUUUGCUGCUGUGGGAACCCCCGUACCAGUUCUCCGUGGCCCUGACCGGCUACGCCCUGGAGCUGCGGCAAGACCAGGGCGCCUGGGAGGUGCUGGAGAGAGCCAUUCCCAGCUCGGAGACGCAGUUCCUGGUGCCUGGACUCAUCAAGGACGCCUUCUACGAGUUCCGUCUGGUGGCCUUUGCUGGCAACUACAUCAGCGACCCCAGCAAUGCAGUCAAUGUUUCCACAACAGGCAUGGAGGUGUAUCCGUCCCGUACCCAGCUCCCGGAGCUCUUGCCCCAGCCCGUGCUGGCCGGCGUGAUCGGAGGCGUCUGUUUCCUCAGCACAGCUGUCAUCUUCAGCACCGUGGCGGCCUGCAUCAUGAACCGCAGGCGAGCUGCCCGUCUCCGGAAACGCAGGCAAGUUGCUCUCCAUGUGAUUUCCCCUUUGUGUUCUCAUGACCUUCCAGAUCCACCAAUCGUCUUCUCCCCCAACAAGAAGCUUCUGCCUUCACAAAAUUCUACAGGCUCUGCUAGCCCAGACAGUGUUGUGAAGCCGGCGUUCCAGACCUCGCCAUGCCAGAGCCUGCGCCGGACCCUGCUCUGGGGGGAGAAGGCCAGCGCCUCCCGGCUGAGCUUCACUGUUGCCGGUGGCCGUGCCGGGACGGGCUCCAAGUACAUGCUCUACGAGAGCCACGCCGGGGAGCCGCUGCCGCUGGAGCACAUCCGCCGCGGGCCCGAUGGCCGCUUUGUGGUGCAGCGCGAGGAGCGGCCCCGGGAGCGCCUGGCAGCCCUGGCGGAGCGACUCUCCCUGUCGCUCGCCUCUUCGGAGAGCAGCGUGUGCCGGCCGGAGCCUUACCUGCAGGUCGGCUCUCCAGCUGGGCCCGAGGAGCCCGUCUGGCAGAGGAGCAUCCCCCUGAGGCCGAGGCACUCUGGCCAGGCCCGCCGCGAAGCCAAGGCCUCCGGCUACUGCCAGGGCCGCUACUUUGACUACAGCAGCAGCAGCCCAACGGAGGAAGCCAUGCCCCUGUGCAUUGCCAACAUCAGCCCGGUCGCCACCGUGCCCUAUGGUGCCACCACCGAACAGGCCCAGACUUCCCAGGGCUCGGAGGGGCAUCUGCGGAGGGUGGCUGCCGCUGCCUCUUCCUCGCCAGUAAGCUGGCUGGGGGGCCCGUCCUUGCCGGCAUCCGGCGGACCUCCGGACGGCCACAUCAGCACCAGCGCCUCAGUCCAGAGCGGGAUCCUGCAGUAUCUGAGCCUGCCCUUCUUCAAGGAGAUGAAUGUGGAUGGCGACUGGCCCCCAGAGGAGGACGAGGGAGGCGGGAAGCCACCCUCCAAGCCGGCCCUCCCGGAGGCUCCCGGCAGCCCUGAACUCACCCUACGGGGAGACGAGGACAAGACCUUGGCCUGCCCGGCCUACAUGGAUGUGGAAGCGACUCCGGACAUGGCCCAGGAAAAGGCCUUGACCAAAGCUCUGCUCAGGCCCCCCGACGCCAACACCGGCCCAGUCAAGGCCGCCCUGCCCGGCUCCUCGCUCUGCCCCAGUCGCCUCGGCUCCAGUGCGGACGCCCCACAGCCCAUGGAGCAUGACCCCUGGCUGCGGACGCUCUCACCUGCCCAGCCCCUUGUGGCCAGUGGCCAGGCGGAACCAGGAUGCACUGCUGUCCCCCCGGAACGCGACUGGCUCCGUGUGGCAGAGCCGCCCCCUGAGAGGCACAAGCUGCCCCCGGCCCUUCUCGCACAAGGCCUCCCUGCCGAGAAGCUGCUGCGGGGCAGCCUGACCAGCCAAAGCAGUGGCCGGGGCAGCGUGUCCUUCCUACGGCCCCCCUCACUGGCUCCGUCCUUGGCGGGCAGCUGCCUCAGUUCCCCCUUUGGAGAAGUGACCGGCUGGCAAGGCAGCUGCGCAGGAGACGAGGGCAAGCCGAAACGGGAGCCUUCGCUUGUCCCCAUCAGUAAAAGGAGGAACACGUCUGUGGAUGAGAACUACGAAUGGGACACGGAGUUUGCCCUGGAAUCAGACCUGCUGGAUGCUCUGCAGCUGUUUCGGAGCGGGAACCCCAAAAGACCAGUCUCUACCAUCGCGGCACAUGAGUUGGAGAAGCAGAGUUCGAAGGCCUCCAGUGAGAGCAGCGGCUCGCCCUCGAAUUCCCAGUCGGUGGGCGCCCUGGAUGGGUCCAGCUCCCCGGUACCCUUGCCCAGCCCCGAGGAGCGCUGUGCGGCGCUGCGCGAAGAGUUCCUGGCUUACCGCCGGCGCCGAGAGGCCAUCCAGCAGCGGCGGCGGAAGCUGGGCUCCGGCGAGAAGCAGAGGGACGAGCGCUUCGAGCAGGCCACCUUGCUGUGAGAGCGGCCCCCGCAGCCCAGCCUGGCCACGGUUUCCCCCCACCACAGGGAAAUCCUGCCUUCACGCGUGCAAAUGGGGGAUCCGGGCCCCGCGGGGUGAGUGGCGCCCCCUUGCGUCCACCUGACAAACGGCAUCUUGCCCCAUGCAGCCGGCAGCUCCAAAGACGGCGGUGGGGGAAGCACUGGCAAAGCUUUCCAGGGGCACAGGGGGCAGAGUGAGGAGAAAACACGUUGGAACUACUGGUUUAUUUCAAGCCUGA